AUGAAUCAUGUUACUAUUUUUUUAAGAAAAUUAUCUACCAAAAAUGUGAAUUCAGAGGAUUUAAAUAUUUUAAAAAAAAAGAUAAGAUACAGAUUUAAAAGUGUUGGCAUGCUUGAAUUAGAUACGAUAAUAAAUAAUUAUUUAAAUGUAAAUAUGAAUAAAAUUGAUAAAGAUAAAGUAAAUUUAUUAUACAAUUUAGUGGAUAUUGACACUAGUAAUUUAUUGAAAUUGUUUUAUUUUUAUUCUAAUAAACAAAAUCAUAAUGUUGAUAAGUUAUCACAUUAUUUAAAAAAUAAGGAUAAAAAAGAAAUAACAGAUACUUUUAAGUUGCUGAUUGAUAUUCUUAAUCAUAAUGAAAAAUUUUUAAGUUCACAAUAA